CGGCGAAACCACGCACUGUGAAUCCACAUCAUCGGGGGCAGUUUCUAAUUCCAACAAACGAGAACCAAUCGCGCAAGCCUUGACAUAACUUACUCUCUUCCCAUUGGUCUGUCUCCUCCACGUCAGCACCCUCUAGAUUCUUCGCAGCUAAUUUUCCCAAACUUCAAAAGUCACCCAAUCAAACCCACCGCCUUCAUCAUCCCCAAAAUCACAAAAAAUAAAAAAACAAAAAAUCCAGUCCUCCAAACAAUGGCUCUCCAAGCUCUGUUUUUUAUCCUCGUAACAACGCAGUUCCUACCAUCUUCUUCCCUAAUUUCCAAGCCCGAUUUCCACUCUCGCUACCCUAGCCCCAGAGCCAUCUCCGAUUUGAAGGAGAGUAUUGUGAAGGGAUUAGGGUUUCCGGCGGAGGAUUUGAAGGUGUCGGGGUUCGAUUUGAGGGACGCGCAGGUGGGGCAUUCGGUGGCGUACGAGUUCGACGUGGAGGUGGACAACAAGGUGCUUCCUUUCAAGCUCUUGGAGGACGUGGACCGCUGGGAUUACGUCGAUUUGCCCAUUUUUCGGGUCGAGGACGAAAAUGGGUUGGUCCAGAAAGGCAAAUCGGGUACUGGGUUGCCGCCGGUUUUGGCUCCGUUUCAACUGGCUGGGCCCAUGGAGCUCUGGAUUCAGGACGCCAAAGACAUGAGGAUCUCGCUGCCUCAUGAUGUGGAUGCUGGUGUGUUGAAGAAGGUGAUGUUGGCAGAAGGCGCUGUGGUCACAGUGAAGGGUGCAAGGUCUGUGAGUCUGCGCCACCCUCUUCAGCUCCCAUUGCCAUUAAACCGAACCAACAAUGGGUUUGCUUCUGGUCUUGUGACCUUGGCUGAAUGGCUGCGCCAUGCUUCUCGAACCCAAACAUCUCCAUUGCUCUCUCUCCGCAUUGUUGGUCCUACUUCCCUUGCAUCACCUUCACCAACUUCUUCCUCCAUGAACAACAAGCUCAAGCUUAAGCGCCUUGCCCCAGGCCUUGUGGAGUUGUCCUCACCAUCAAACACCAAACCCAUUUCUGUUGAGCUGCAAAAUCAAGAGACCACUGCCAUUUUAACCCCUAGCUACUUCACCACAGUUUGGCCUCUUGCUUCCAUCAACGGCUCAAACCCGAAUUUGCUGGGUUUUGAGGCACUGCUUUCGUCUGUGUUGGGUCCUAAGGCCAAUAAAAAAGGCUCCUUCAAGUUGUUGAAGGCAGAUGUGUCUGCACAAACGUUUUUGAAGAUUGGGUUUGGGGUGGAGAAGAAGCUGAAAGAAGGAGAUGGUUUUGAUUUGAAAGGUUUUCCAGAGUGGAGGACAAAGCCAGAGACUGUAAGGAUGCAUUUUGAGGUGCUGGCUAAGGUUGAUGGUGAUAAAAUCGUGCCAGAGAGAGUGGUUCCAAUUAUCCCUGUGGUUCUGGAGGACACUGUGGCACCUAAUGAGGUUUUGGGGAAUGUCAGCAUGUCCACAGUCCCCAUUGUUUACCCUCCGGCGAACCCCUUGACCUUGUAAAGUUUUUUGGUUGGGGUUACAUAUAGAAAGCCAGAAAUUGUAAAGACGAGACGGCUUUUUCUUCUUUUUUUCUUAAAACAUGAUGAGUUAGAUGCGGUCUAAUGCUGUAAAGAUUUAAGAAAUGGAGUGACUUGAGGGUUUAAAUUAUGUUGUUCUCUCUGGUUGUGGAUCAUUUCACCCCUCUUUGGUAAUUUUAAGGGUGCCUUAGACGGAGAGAAGCCCUAGCUUUGUUUUUGUUAUGUACGCGAUGAAAAUGAAAUGAAGACUUGAUUGCAUAU